AUGGCCUACUACGAGGAGCAUGGGGGCGAUGCCCCGGGCAGGUUUACAAAGAAUUAUGACGGCCCCGUGGGUCCCCGCCGGCCAAGCCACGGCUCGACUGACUUCGAUGCGCACACAGGACUGGUGACCGAUUACGGCUCGUCGAUGGUACAAUGGAUGCGGACACGGCGACCACGAUAUCGCAGCGAGCACCGCAUGGAGAUGGAGCGGCCAAGUGCGAGCUUCACGGUGGAUAUGCUCCCGCCUAUGGCGCGAACCUAUUCCCCGGCCGACACGAUACCUGUGCGACAUCUGCACCAGUCGAUUGGAAAGUCGAAAAAGCCCAUUGUGGUGGUGCGGUGGACGCCUGAAGGACGACGGUUGUUGACGGGAGGGCACACGGGAGAAUUUAUGCUAUGGAACGGCACGGCGUUCAACUUCGAGACGGUUAUGGAUGCUCACUACGAUCAAGUCCAAGCAGGUGUUACGUCCCUCGCGUGGUCUCAUAGCCAGGAGUGGCUGAUCUCGGGCGGACAAAGAGGCGAUAUAAAAUACUGGCGACCGAACUUCAACAACGUCGAAACCAUCGACGACGCACACCACGAUGCUGUCCGUGACUUAGCCUGGGCACCCAGCGACACUAAAUUCCUCUCCGCGUCCGACGACACCACCCUCAAAAUCUUCGAUUUCACGUCGCGAACCUGCGACACGGUUUUGGCAGGACACAAUUGGGAUGUCAAGUCCUGUGACUGGCACCCGACGAAGGGACUGCUGGUCUCUGGCUCAAAGGAUCAUCAGGUGAAAUUCUGGGAUCCGAGGACGGCAAGAUGCCUGACGACGCUCCACAGCCACAAGAACACCGUCACCGCGACGCGGUUCUCUCGCGUGAAUCAUAACCUGCUUGCCACCUCGUCGCGGGAUCAGACGGCGCGGGUAUUUGAUUUGCGGAUGAUGCGGGACAUUUGCAUUCUACGCGGGCACGAGAAGCCUGUUUCGUCGUUGACAUGGCACCCGAUCCAUAGCAACUUAAUUUCUACCGGUGCCGAGGACGGCUCCCUCUACCACUACCUGCUGGACGAACCCAACCUGCCCAGCGGUCAGGUUCCUACCGUGGCGCCAUAUGACAGCCUCGACCCGGCCAACACUCCCCCGCAGAUAAUCUUCCCCGCGCAUCGCGUUCAAUACGCCCACGGUGCGACUAUUUGGUCGCUAGACUGGCAUCCGCUGGGCCACAUACUUGCAUCGGGGUCUAAGGAUAAUUUCACUCGAUUCUGGUCUCGGGCUCGGCCCGGUGAGACUAGUUACAUGAAAGACCGAUUCCACAUUGGCGAGGAGGCGGCCGAGGCCCAGGGUACCUGGAACCGCGGCUUCGGCCGCAGACAGAUGCGCGAGGAGGAGGAGCAAGAAAUGCAGGACGAAGCCGACAGCCUUGUCGAUCAACGACGACCCGGCGCGUCUGCUUUGCCUGGCAUCCAAGCAGGUGGUCCUCCUCAGCAGGAUGGUGCAGGGUUCCUACCCGGAAUUGGCGGUGCCCAGCCGCCUCCUCCACCAGGGCUGCCCGGUAUGGGCGGAAUGGACCCUGGCCGGCUGGCAGCCAUCAUGUCAUCCCAUCCUCCACAUCAAUCAGCAACCCCACCAAAUCAACCAAUUCCUGGUUUCCCCGUGCUCCCAGGGAUGGGCGGCGCUCCGCCUAUGAACAUGGACCUGGUGCAAUUGCAGAAGCAACUCGCGUCUCAGGGCUUCCCGAUGCCUCCCAAUAUGAACAUGUCGCCCGGGUUUGGCGGGCUCCCUGGUCUGCAGGGUGGUGGUAUGCCUGACGGUGGUCGGAGAUGA